UUAGGGUGAGUGUAGCUAGGCUAUGGGCUGAUGGUUGGCUAUGGGCUGGUUGAUAUGGCAACCAGACCGAGACGAGAGGUCAAUCAAUAAGUUAGUUUUAUGUCAUUAUUAGAAUAAGGACGCCAUAGUUUGCGAGUUCGCGAGUAGUGGUAUUUUGCACCUUAGACCUCUUCCCUUCAACUGAUGACACAACGCACUCGUAUCCGUCAGUAGAACAUACUACUUACAAGUGUCUGUGUGCCUCGAGGGAGCUUGCUGUUUCUAAUUAAUCACGACUGAGUCUCAGUGUUAAAUUUACUUGAGCAAACUCUGCUGAUAGGAGUGGAUUAACCAGAAAAUCAUCAUGAUCGAGAUCAGUGAAGAAAGAGAAAACGUAAACCCAUCUCCUUCAUCCGAGAGAUACGAGUUUGACGACUUACUGAGGAUGGUUGGUGGACUCGGUCGCUACCCAAUUCUUCUCUACUCAUUCAUGUGCCUCAUGUCUAUACCAAUUGGAUUUUCGCAGCUUGUACAAGUCUUCUACGGAGCAACGCCACUAUUUGAGUGUGCAGACCGCGCAGAUAAGCAAUGGAUGACGUCUAAUGACACUUGUGGAGCGAGUAAAUGUUGUACAAACUGUACACGGUAUGAAUUCAAAGGGCAAUUCACCAGCGCUGUUUCUGAGUGGCAUCUGAUAUGCGAUCAGUCACAUCUCAAGGCUAUGACCCAGGCUGUCUACAUGGUAGGGCUCUUGGUUGGCUCCAUAACAUUUGGAUGGAUUUCGGACAAGUUUGGACGUCAUAUCUCCGUUUUUAUGAGCAUUUUUCUACUGGCACUCUGUGGUAUUGUGUCCGGUGUAGCUGACUGUCUUUCACUUUUCGCCUUGUUUCGUUUCGGUUCUGGUGCUGCAUGUGCCGGCUGUCUGAUCUCCCGUUACGUCUACUGUGUAGAGUUGGUAGUGACGAAGCAUCGUACAGCUGCAGGGUUCAUCAGCAACAUCUUUGUUAGCGUUGGCUUCAACUUGCUGGCGUUGUUGGCGUAUCUGAUCAGAGACUGGAGGCACUUGAUGCUGGCUUGUUCCAUCCCAGCAGCUCCGCUUCUUUUGUUUUGGUGGUACAUUCCCGAGUCUCCACGCUGGCUUGUCGCACAGAACCGACUCGACGAAGCGCAUGAGCUUCUCUUAAAGUUUGCUGACAAAAAUGGAGUGAGCGUGGACCCGCAACGUCUGAAGCACGCCAUACGAGAAGUAAAAAAAGCUGAUAUGCGCAAAGAUAACUCAAAGAAAUAUGGAGUUCUGGAUCUGGUCAGGACUUUGAAGCUGAGAAAGAGAACCAUUAUUUGUUGCUGUAAUUGGUUUGUCAACGCUCUUGUAUUUUUUGGCAUCAACUUGAACGUCAAGAACCUUGGCGGAGAUAUGUACUUCAAUUUCUUCAUUCUGAACAUCAUUGAAAUCCCUGCUCUGUUGUUCUGCUGGCUGUUGCUUGCAAAGUCAGGUCGGCGCAUACCCUAUAGCUGUUUAAUGCUGACCAGUGGGAUUGCAGGCAUGCUUGUCUUGGCUUUCCCGGCAACAGAACAAUAUCGAUAUGGAAUUCUCGUUCUGGCUUUGAUUGGUAAGAUGAGUAUCGUGUCAACGUUUGUUGCCAUCUACGUUUAUACAGUAGAACUCUAUCCAACUCUUAUCAGAAACACUGGUAUUGGUACAGCGUCAAUGAUGGCUCGCUUUGGUGGAAUCGCUGCUCCAUACAUUGUGCUCUUGGCCGAUCUCCCCAACAUCGACAAAACUUUACCUUUGGUGAUAUUUGGCAUACUCGCGGUCGCCGCGGGAAUAUUAUCUUUAUGGCUACCAGAAACCCUGUACACCCCGAUGGCACAGACCGUGGAACAAACAGAGGAAUGGCAAGAAGACUAUGAGAUUUACUGCUGUAAGAGAGGCGGAGAGACGGCGGAACCUCAGAUUUUWAGUCUGAAAUAUCACGUGCCUGAGAAUGGAGAGGCUGGUCAUGAGAUGAUAGCCGAGGACACGGAGUCACUCGAUCAUGACCAUAUGAUUGUUGAAUGAUUCUGCAUCACAGUCCACUAUGUAUGCUGCGCCCGUCUCCCCCGUAUUUUAGUUUGCCAUUCUAUGUAAUAUAGUUCCAUCCCUCUAGCAGUUGAGGAAAUCCCGUGGGCGGGGGAGGGGGGGUUAGGGAUAGGAUCAAUUCAAGGAUCCAUUUUAUAUUAACGCAAGCAGAUUAUAAUCUUAUGCCUACCCUACCCAGACGUUCAUAUAUAAAAUACUUAUUGAUCUCUGAUCUUUACGCGAUGAGUUUAUUGUAUAAAUAACAACAACAAAAUUGACAAAGAAUGAAAAUUGCAGUUAAAAUUUGAUGAUAAAUAAAGGCCACUGACAUGCAAAUGGAAAA